CUCAAGCAGUCAAGAUACAUACUUGAGCAAAUGGGUAGGCCCAAGACUACAGCGUAUUCAGGACUUCUCUUCGGCCGAAACCCAAAAUACCCUUCAAAGUUUUGCCGCCAAACUAAAGCUUAACUCUUCUUCAGUCUUCCCUCUCUUUUCCGAUUUCUCAGAGGGUUUCAGCACAGACUCAUUGCAGGUUCAAUGGCUUCGAACAUUCCUCUCCAUGUCAUCGACGAAGACGACGGCGACCAAGACGAGUUUGAUUGGGAAGCUGCGGUUAGAGAAAUCGACAAGGCAUGUGAAAACGCAAACUCUUCUUCCCAUUUUGCCCCUUCUCCUCCUUUACCACAAUUUUCUAAGAAAAACACUUCAAGGCAAUCCACGCUCGACCGAUUUAUUGGGAAGGUGGGACCCAGGCUUUCUUAUGAUAAUCACCGGACGAUUGAGGUUGAGGUUGAUGUUGGUGUUGAGGCUGAGGAGAGGGUGUCACCCGUUCACAUUGAUGCUGAUGCAGCUAAAACUUGGAUUUACCCGGUUAAUGUCCCUCUUCGUGACUAUCAACUUGCAAUAACCAAGACAGCAUUAUUUUCAAAUACAUUAGUGGCAUUGCCAACAGGCCUCGGUAAAACGCUUAUUGCUGCAGUUGUAAUUUAUAACUAUUUCAGAUGGUUUCCAGAUGGUAAGAAUUUAUGUCAUGGGCAUUAUAUAACUUUACUACUAAAAUCUCAUCAAAAUUUAUAAAUGCUUUAGUGGUUGAAUAAUUUUUUAGGCUGAUAUCUAUGUUUUAGGUGAAUAGCUCAACAGGCUCCCUGUCUGUUGCAAAAAGUGUUAUUGGACAUGGUAAAUAAGCAUUGCUAGAUGUGUAGGAAUCUGAGAAGCAAUAUGCUAACGAUGAUAUAUGGUAUCUUUACUUCUUACCUUGCUGUUGUUAUGCUGCAUAAUAUCCAGCCUGAGUCAACACGUAAUCUAUUGACUUUUAUAUGAUCUUCAUAACCUGCACAUUCAUAAUCAUUUGAAUGACAAAGCUUUGCUGAUUAAAAGAGGGAUUUAGCC